GGCCCCACCACCACGGUCGGCUGUAGCGAAACUGAAUUACCGGCAGACGCAAACUUACCCUGGCUGUGCUUUUCGUGUGUGUGGGAAUGUACCGGACACUGCGUGGGAAAACAGGUCCCCACAAAUACAUGCCGGGAAUGUCUAAAGAUUCGGAGCUCCAUCGAAGACCGUAGCUUUGGAUUCGUCGGUUUUCGUUGGCGGCUCGGGACAAUUUUGAAUUAUUUUUUUCCCCUGUCCAGAAUGAAGUGACACUGCAUAAUUCAUUCCUUGGAUCUCUAAAACACGGGCUCCCCAGAGCACACUACAGUCAAUUCUACAGGACCCUAACGCUGGGAGGCGUGGUGGUGGUGUGUGUGUGUUGAGGGGUCGGGAGCAGGAGGUGUCAUGGCUGAGCCACGCCGGGACAGCACCAGCAGCCUGCAGAGGAAGAAGCCUCCCUGGCUCAAGCUGGACAUCCCCACCGCACAGAUGUCCCUGGACGAGCCGCCCACCUUCGUCCAGCCUGUGAAGCGUCAGGGUUUCCUGCGUAGCAUCAGCAUGCCCGUGGAGACGUCCCACCUGCCCUCCCCCCCACGCGACCUCUUCGACCCCCGCCGGGCCCCCCUGCAGCGGCAGUCUUCCAUCACCCAGACCAUCAAGAGCAGUAAGAGGGUGCACUUUGAGCGGAUCCACACCGUGCCCAUCAAGGGCCCGCGCGCUGCCCGACGGAGCUUCCGCAGCUCCAGGAGGCACUACUCUCUGUCUCGAACCCUGCUCAGGGGCACGGCGGACUGGUUCGGCGUGAGCAAGGAUGGCGACGCCACGCAGCGUUGGCAGCGCAAGAGCAUGCGCCACUGCAGCCUGCGCUACGGCCGGCUGAAGCCCCAGGUCAUCCGGGAGAUGGAGCUGCCCAGCCAGGACAACAUCUCCCUGACCAGCACCGAGACGCCGCCCCCGCUCUACGUGCCCGCCUCCUCGCAUGGCAUGCAGAAGAUCGUGGACCCCCUGGCGCGUGGGCGUGCGUUCCGCAUGGCGGCGGCGGGCAUGGACGAGGUGGACGGCUACAGCAUGCCGCAGACGCCCAUCACGCCGGGCGCCGCCUCCCUCUGCUCCUUCACCAGCUCCCGCUCCGGCUUCGGACGGCCGCAGCGCCGACGCAAGAGGGAGUCCGUGGCCAAGAUGAGCUUCCGGGCCGCCGCCGCGCUAGUCAAGGGCCGAUCGUUACGGGAAAGCACAACAACUCUGCGGCGGGCCCAACGAAGGAGCUUCACCCCGGCCAGCUUCAUAGAGGAGGAUGUGCCCGACUUCCCCGAUGAGCUGGACACCUCCUUCUUCGCCAGGAAGUACCUGUCCUCUCUGUAUCAUGUCUCGGCUCAGGACGUGCUCAUGCAGGAGGAGAUGUCCACGUUUGCCGACGAGGUCUUCGAGUCGCCGUCGGAUGCCACGCUGAAGGACUCGGACCUCAGCAAGCAGCUGGACGAGUCGGACAUGACGGGCAGCGCCCUCAACAAGAGCGACCUGGAGCGCAGUCACCUCAUGCUACCUCUGGAGCGCGGCUGGCGUAAGGCCAAGGAGGGCGCCCCUCCCCCUCCCCCCAAGGUGCGCUUACGACAGGAGGUGGUGAGCGUGAACGGGCAGCGGCGGGGCCAGCGCAUCGCCCUGCCCGUCAAGAAGCUGUUCGCCCGCGAGAAGAGGCCCUACGGCCUGGGCAUGGUGGGCAAGCUGACCAACCGCACAUACCGCAAGCGCAUCGACAGCUACGUGAAGAGGCAAAUAGAGGACAUGGACGAUCACAGGCCGUUCUUCACGUACUGGAUCACGGUGGUGCACGUGCUCAUCACCAUCCUGGCCGUGUCCAUAUACGGCUUCGCUCCCGUGGGCUUCUCACAGCACGAGACCGUCGACUCAGUACUGCGAAACAAAGGGGUUUAUGAAAAUGUGAAGUUUGUUCAACAAGAAAACUUUUGGAUAGGACCAAGUUCAGAGGCGCUGAUACACCUUGGAGCCAAGUUCUCCCCCUGCAUGCGUCAGGACCAGGAGGUGCACGACCUGAUCGAGGCCAAGAGGGUCCUGGAGCGCAACUCAGCCUGCUGUGUACGCAACGACCGCUCGGGCUGCGUACAGACCCAGGAGGAGGAGUGCUCGAGUACGUUAGCUGUGUGGGUGAAGUGGCCCAGGCAUCCCAGUGCCCCCCUACUGGAGGGAGAGGUUCGGCAGCACGGCUCCGUAUGCCACCAGGACCCCAGGAUUUGUAUGGAGCCUGCAUCUGUAGCUCCCCACGAGUGGCCCGAUGACAUCACCAAGUGGCCUAUUUGCACGCGGUACAACACGGGUAACCACACCAAUCUGCCUCACAUCGACUGCACCAUCACCGGAAGGCCCUGCUGCAUCGGCACUAAGGGGAGGUGUGAGAUCACCUCUAGGGAGUACUGUGACUUCAUGAACGGCUUCUUCCAUGAGGAGGCCACCCUCUGCUCCCAAGUGCACUGCAUGGAUGACGUGUGUGGCCUGCUGCCGUUCCUGAACCCUGAGAUCCCUGACCAGUUCUACCGCCUCUGGCUCUCCCUCUUCCUGCACGCCGGGCUGCUCCACUGUCUGGUGUCGGUGUGUUUCCAGAUGACCAUCCUGCGUGACCUUGAGAAGUUGGCCGGCUGGCUGCGCAUCUCCAUCAUCUACAUCCUCAGCGGCAUCACCGGCAACCUGGCCAGCGCCAUCUUCCUCCCCUACAGAGCAGAGGUGGGCCCGGCGGGCUCCCAGUUCGGCAUCCUGGCCUGCCUGUUCGUGGAGCUGAUCCAGAGCUGGCAGAUCCUGGAGCAGCCGUGGCGCGCGCUGGCCAAGCUGCUGUGCGUGGUGCUGGUGCUGUUCGCCUUCGGCCUGCUGCCCUGGAUCGACAACUUCGCCCACCUGGGCGGCUUCGUGUCGGGCUUCUUCCUCUCCUUCGCCUUCCUGCCCUACAUCAGCUUCGGCACCGUGGACAUGUACCGCAAGCGGCUGCAGAUCAUCCUCUUCCUGGUGGUGUUCGUGGGGCUGUUCGCCGGCCUGGUGGUGCUCUUCUACGUCAAGCCCAUCAAGUGCGAGUGGUGCGAGCUGCUCACCUGCAUUCCCUUCACGGACAAGUUCUGUGAGAAGUACGACCUCAACGCCCACAUUAGUUGAAGAAGGCGACGUGAAGUACGCUACGACCUCAACGCACCACCUCAGCUGAAGUUGAAGAGGAGUACGACCUCAACGGCCACCUCAGC